AUGCGAACGUACUGUCUGUUCAAACAAAUUGAAAUUAUAGAGUUUCUUAUGCUUGGGAGAAUCAGGAAUAUUCGUUCUUAUUUCUUAAUUUUUAUUUAUGAUUUCAUCUUCCUUGAUUUCAAGGAAGACGCAUAUAGAGAAAACGGUAUAUGCCUUUUUAAUCAUUUAUGCUUAAGCAUGAAAUUCUUUCUCAAUAUUUUUAUCUUAACAAAUAAUUAUAGAGCGUUCUGGCAUUAUAAAAUAAUUAUAAUUAAUUUGUACAAAACAUUUCUAACGAAAUUUAAACAAAUAACUCCUGGUAAUCAGUAUGAAUGUCAGAACUAUUUGUUCCUUUAUUCUAAUGCUCUUAAACUCAAAAUCUCUGCAGAUAUAAUAGGACUCUAUGGGAUGUUCUAUCAUAAGGAUAUAACUUUGGACUGCUACUGUGAACUCCAUAAUAUAAUAGAAGAAUAUAAGAAUAAGAGCAAAUGUAUAAAUUAUUGCAAUUUUGCGGACAAUAGUCCGUCAUCUACUAAUAGGGAUGUUUCUCCUUUUAUACAAUAA